GAACGCGUUUUCCUCUUUGCGAAGGGCGGUAUGGUGAAGAAGUUUGGCCCUGCCAGGCUACCCUCCUUGGUUAUCUUUUACCUUUUCACCCUUCACUAUUUUUUUUUACUUUUAACUUUUAUUUCAACUUUUUGAUCUUAAUUAUCAGUGCCUUUAUACUCCUGUUGUUUGCACUCCUCGGAAGCCUGAUUUCUUUGGGGACAUGUUUACGACCACUGGCUCAACGGGGCUCUAUAAAGCCCCACUGUCCAAAGCCCUGCUGCUCAUCCCAAGUGCCCUAUCAUUCUUGCUGGCAGUAGUGUUUCCACAGUACCAAGACUUUUUUCUGUACAGUCUACACAAUAUUAGACAAGACCUACAGAUCUGGAGAUUGAUAUGUGGAAGGCUCAUUUGCUUGGAUUUGAAAGACACAUUCUGUAGCAGCCUCCUUAUCUACAAUUUCCGGAUUUUUGAAAGAAGAUAUGGCAGUCGGAAAUUUGCUUCUUUCCUGUUUGGCGCGUGGAUUCUGUCGGCCCUCUUUGACACCCUGCUUGCCGAAGCUCUGCGCUGUUUUUCAGACCUCAAAGUGGAUGUUCUGCCAUCCGGGCUGCUGGGGCCAGUGUUUGCCUUAUUUGUGCCUUUCUACUGCUCCAUUCCAAGAGUCCAGGUCCCUCAGGUCUUUGGACCUGUCCCCAUCACGAACAAAUCCUUAGUCUACAUUGUGGGUCUUCAGCUCUUAACAUCAAGCUCUGUCAUGUGGAUCAAUGCAGUCAGUGGGCUGGUCUCCGGCACGCUGUAUUGCUGUAACAUCUUCAAGAUGCAGCAUAUCAUCUUUGUCCCACGUUGGAUAGCCCGUUGCAGUUCACGUGUCCUGGAGCCCUUGUUCAAGACGCCAGAACCUUCCCAUGAGUCCAUGGUUGGAAGGGGAGCCACAGUGGACAUCCAGCGACAACAGAGAAUGGACCUGCUGGAUCAACAGAUGUUGCUGUCCCAGUUCACUCAGAUGAGAAGAAACAGACAGCCACGGGGAGGCCUGAUAAACUGGAACAGAUUUUUCCCUUCACUGCGGCACAGACGUCCUGCCAAUCACCCACAGCAGGCUGGGGAAGAAGUCUCAGAGGAGCAGGUAGCUAGACUCAUGGAGAUGGGUUUUUCUAGGGUCGAUGCUUUGGCAGCCCUAAGAGCUUCAAAUAAUGAUAUCAAUUUGGCUUCUAACUUCCUCCUACAACACUGAGGACUGGUGAGAUGCCAAAGACCUGUCUGCAUUGCGGUUAGUUCAAGAUAACUCAUUGCUCGACUUGAGCAUCUGAGCUUCAGAAUUCUGAAGAGGUGGUUUGUCGGUGUACACUGUGGACAUCAUUUCAGUUUAUUUUUCUUCAAAUGGUCUUUGAUAUUAUCAUUGAAGGUUUUGUUCAUCCGCCAAGUGAUCUUUUGGGGGGUGAUUUUUUCUAUACUUUUGUUGUCAAGUUUCUGCUGGGCUGGGAUAUAAUUAUAGAAAUAACUUCUGGUGUGGUUUGCAACUGCCAUAAGGCAAUGGACAGUUUAUGUGUAACAGUUUGUGAAAAAUGUAAAUUACUGGUCUUAAAAUACUGUUGAAGAAUCUAAUGAUGCAGCUUUAAUGUAAAAAACGCAUGUCACAUUAUCAAAUUUCACCCUCAGUUACAAAGACAAACUAUACAGGUUUUCUCUUUGUAAGAUCUUUUUAUGUUUGGUACAAGAAGAUUACUAUUUCGCACAGUAAUUUAAAGUUAAAGGUUAUGCCAUCCAUUCUGUAUUCAGAGUUCUAAUUUUAAUAUACUGUACUUGCUAUGCAGUGAUUUUGCUUUGAUUUUAUUUAUAAUGUGAAUAUGUGUCUUUUUAUGACUUUGCUAUGUUUCAAUUAAAAAAAAAUAAUGACAAUUUAUUUUCAUGUUAAAGACUUUUUUGUCGGGAAUCGCAAACGUGUGUCUUUCAAACAUGCAAUGCCUUUGUAUUACAAUAUUGAUUAAAAGGGAAAGUUGUGUACUUUGUGUACAAUAAGUAUAUGUAUAUUAUUGUACUGUACAGCAUGUAUCACAUUUCUGUAUGAUUUUUCAAUCAGCAAUAU